UGUGGAAGCCAAGCAGCCGAACACUCUCAUUUAGGAAAUCGCGAACUCUCUCUGCACAGCUUGUGCUCACAUGCCUAAUAUUACUACAGCGUCUCAGAAAACACCUUUGCGGGAAGGUUUGACUUCUCUGGAGCAGUCUCAGUGUUUUUCCUCGCUGGAUAGGCAGCUGCUUGGAUGCGAAGAGAUGGCAUGAUGUGAAUGACUCCAGUGUGAAGAAAUUUGCUUCGCCAACUCAUCCUGCAUCAAGUGCCCAUUGAGUAGCACUGUCACUUUAAUGUCUCCAUGCCAAGGGAUUGCUUUCCUUCUUUUCAGUCCUCUCGGUUAAUACACGGGAGGAUCAGAAUCAGAGGGGCAUUAAGGAUCAAGCCUGAGGGGCUUGGACAACACAGAAGAAAAAAAAUGAAAGUGACAGCAAGCUGGAUCCUGUCUUACUGAGGGGGCGAGAUCUGGAACUUCUGGUCCAGUAAAUAGAAAGGGGCCUUUCAGUCUGUGUUCUGCCCCAGGAAACUCUUCAAACUCACCCACCUUUUUAGAGACCAGUCAAAGAGGUUUUUAAAAGUAUUUUUAUUUUUUGGAGGGGUGUUUAAAUUUUUCUCUAAAGAAUUGAGGAUCUUUCUCAUCAACCAGUUCAUUUUUGAAUUAGAUCAUGUAUUGAGUAAUGAAACAGCUUUGUAAAUUUGGUUUGUGCCUUAAUUGAGUUAUUCAUUGAUCUUCAAAAAUGUUGCUGCCUGAAGAGGAGUUUUAAUAAUAUUUUCUAUGCUUACAAUAAUUUUAUUAGCUUUUUAAAAAACAGAAUAUUUUAUAAAAAUUGAAAAACUUGAAAAACUCAAAAGUUAUUUUUCACUAAACUCUGUGGGCAAUGUCAAAAGUUUAAUUGUGGAAAAGAUACGCUAUUUUUUCUUUACCUGAAAGAAGACAGCCUGGAUUUCAAAACUAAACAGGUGAAGUGGUUUGCAACAGUUACCUGGCUCUUGGCUUCAAUCCAGUUGGAUCGAGUUGAGACCUGAAAAGAGAUCCUGCAUCCUGUGACAGUAGAAGGACCAAGAAUGCCAGUCAAGAAGAAAGAUACUGACCGAGCUUUAUCAUUGCUGGAAGAGUACUGCAAAAAAUUAAGGAAACCAGAAGAGCAGCAGUUGAAAAACGCUGUUAAAAAGGUGAUGGGUAUCUUUAGGAGCAGCUUAUUCCAAGCUUUGCUAGAUAUUCAAGAAUUUUAUGAGGUGACAUUGCUAAAUUCUCAGAAAAGUUGUGAGCAGAAGAUAGAAGAAGCCAAUCAAGUUGCACAAAAAUGGGAGAAGACAUCCCUUCUUGCUCCAUGCCAUGAUAACCUUCAAAAGUCUGCAGAGCUUACAGGUUGCAGUGGACCAAAGGAAAGUGUUUCACGUAUUGAACAGAAUAAAGACAAUCAGUGUUUUGAAAAUGAAACUAACAAGAAGACCAGUCAAAACCAAGGCAAAUGCCCAGCCCAGAAUUGUUCAGUGGAAGCUCCUGCUUGGAUGCCAGUCCACCACUGUACUUAUCGCUACCAAGAUGAGGAUGCCCCACACGAUCAUUCCUUACCUCGACUAACCCAUGAAGUAAGAGGCCCUGAACUCGUGCAUGUGUCAGAAAAGAACCUAUCUCAAAUAGAAAAUGUCCACGGAUACGUCUUGCAGUCUCACAUCUCUCCUCUGAAGGCCAGCCCUGCUCCUAUAAUCGUCAACACAGAUACGUUGGACACAAUUCCUUACGUCAAUGGAACAGAAAUUGAAUAUGAGUUUGAAGAAAUUACUUUGGAGAGGGGGAAUUCUGGACUGGGAUUCAGUAUUGCUGGAGGGACAGAUAAUCCCCAUAUUGGAGAUGAUCCUGGCAUAUUUAUUACGAAGAUUAUACCAGGAGGUGCUGCAGCAGAGGAUGGCAGACUCAGGGUCAAUGAUUGUAUCUUGCGGGUGAAUGAGGUCGAUGUGUCGGAGGUUUCCCACAGUAAAGCGGUAGAAGCCCUCAAAGAAGCGGGGUCUAUCGUUCGGCUGUACGUGCGAAGAAGACGACCCAUUUUGGAGACUGUUGUGGAAAUCAAACUGUUCAAAGGGCCUAAAGGUUUAGGCUUCAGUAUUGCAGGAGGUGUGGGGAACCAACACAUUCCCGGAGACAACAGCAUUUAUGUAACUAAAAUUAUCGAUGGAGGAGCUGCACAAAAGGACGGGAGGUUGCAAGUAGGAGACAGACUACUAAUGGUAAACAACUACAGUUUAGAAGAAGUAACACAUGAAGAGGCGGUAGCAAUAUUGAAGAACACGUCAGAUGUAGUUUAUCUAAAAGUUGGCAAACCCACCACCAUUUAUAUGACUGAUCCUUAUGGCCCACCUGAUAUUACUCACUCUUAUUCUCCACCGAUGGAAAACCAUCUACUUUCUGGCAACAAUGGCACUUUAGAAUAUAAAACCUCCCUGCCGCCCAUCUCUCCAGGAAGGUACUCACCAAUUCCAAAGCACAUGCUUGUUGAAGAUGAUUACACCAGGCCUCCGGAACCUGUUUACAGCACUGUGAACAAACUGUGUGAUAAGCCUCCUUCUCCCAGGCACUAUUCCCCUGUUGAGUGUGACAAAAGCUUCCUUCUCUCAGCUCCCUACCCCCACUACCACCUAGGCCUGCUCCCUGACUCUGAGAUGACCAGUCAUUCCCAACACAGCACUGCAACCCGCCAGCCUUCAGUGACUCUGCAACGGGCCAUCUCACUGGAAGGGGAGCCCCGCAAGGUGGUCCUACACAAAGGCUCCACGGGCCUGGGCUUCAACAUCGUGGGCGGGGAAGACGGAGAAGGCAUUUUUGUAUCCUUCAUUCUGGCUGGUGGACCAGCAGACCUGAGUGGGGAGCUCCAGAGAGGAGACCAGAUCCUAUCCGUUAAUGGCAUUGACCUCCGUGGAGCAUCCCAUGAACAGGCUGCUGCUGCACUAAAGGGAGCUGGACAGACGGUGACAAUUAUAGCACAAUACCAACCGGAAGAUUACGCUCGAUUUGAGGCCAAAAUCCAUGACCUACGAGAGCAGAUGAUGAACCACAGCAUGAGCUCCGGGUCCGGGUCCCUGCGAACCAAUCAGAAACGCUCCCUCUAUGUCAGAGCCAUGUUUGACUAUGACAAGAGCAAGGACAGUGGGCUGCCGAGUCAAGGACUUAGUUUUAAAUACGGAGACAUUCUCCAUGUCAUCAACGCCUCUGAUGACGAGUGGUGGCAAGCCAGGAGAGUCACCCUCGAGGGAGACAGUGAGGAGAUGGGCGUCAUCCCCAGCAAACGGCGGGUGGAAAGAAAGGAACGUGCCCGGCUGAAGACAGUGAAGUUUAAUGCAAAGCCCGGAGUGAUUGAUUCAAAAGGGUCAUUCAAUGACAAGCGUAAAAAGAGCUUCAUCUUUUCACGAAAAUUCCCAUUCUACAAGAACAAGGAGCAGAGUGAGCAGGAAACCAGUGAUCCUGAACGAGGGCAAGAAGACUUCAUUCUUUCUUAUGAGCCUGUCACAAGGCAGGAAAUAAACUAUACUCGGCCAGUGAUUAUCCUGGGCCCCAUGAAGGAUCGGAUCAACGAUGACUUGAUAUCUGAAUUUCCUGACAAAUUUGGCUCCUGUGUGCCUCAUACUACAAGGCCAAAGCGUGACUACGAGGUGGAUGGCAGAGACUAUCACUUUGUCAUUUCCAGAGAACAAAUGGAGAAAGAUAUCCAAGAGCACAAGUUUAUAGAAGCCGGCCAGUACAACGACAACUUGUAUGGGACCAGUGUGCAGUCUGUGAGAUUUGUAGCAGAAAGGGGCAAACACUGUAUACUUGACGUAUCAGGAAAUGCUAUCAAGCGGCUACAAGUUGCCCAGCUCUACCCCAUCGCUAUCUUCAUUAAGCCGAAGUCUCUGGAGCCUCUGAUGGAGAUGAACAAGCGUCUAACAGAGGAACAGGCCAAGAAAACCUACGAUCGUGCAAUUAAACUAGAACAAGAAUUUGGAGAGUAUUUUACAGCGAUUGUCCAAGGAGACACCUUAGAAGAUAUAUAUAACCAAUGCAAGCUUGUUAUUGAAGAGCAAUCUGGGCCUUUCAUCUGGAUUCCCUCAAAAGAAAAGUUAUAAAUUAGCUACUGCACCUCUGACAACGACAGAAGAGCAUUUAGAAGAACAAAAUAUAUAUAACAUACUACUUGGAGGCUUUUAUGUUUUUGUUGCAUUUAUGUUUUUGCAGUCAAUGUGAAUUCUUAUGAAUGUACAACACAAACUGUGUGAAGCCAUGAAGGAAACGGAGGGGCCAAAGGGUGGGACGGAAAAGAUACUGCAGUAUGCAGAAAGGCUUUGGUUUGCUCAAGGGGCCAGGUAUAGGGAUGAUCCGCUGAUGGGCUUUUUGCUCAAGAGAUGGGCAGCCUCCUCACCCCAGCAGAUGUCCAGAGCUGAUUUAGCUGCUGAGCUCUCUGUGUUUUUUGCUUUAAAGAAAAGUUGCCAGCACUUGAACUUCACCAACCUUCCCAUUACCCACAUCUGUAAUUGGUCCACUUCGAAUUUGAUAACUAUGCACAUCCUUUGAUUUCUUAACAAGCAAAAGAAAGAAAGAAGGAAAAAAGAAAGGAGUCCCUUUGGAGACGGCAUAAUAUCAGGGAAGCAUAAGCAUGUAGUUUCUGUGACUGGCAUCUGCAAAGACAAGCAUUUCACAAAUUUGCAAGGGUGUGGAGGACUGAGCUUCCGGAGAGGAGGGGACUCCCCCUGGGGUUAGCUUUAUGAUUGUUUAUUGUCUAUUUUGCCAUUUAUAAACUGAAAGAAGGCACUAAAGAUGAGAAUAAUUUAUACAAUAAAAAUAUAUUAAAUGUAUAGAAACAAAUUUCUAUAGGUUAAAAACGUUUUGUGAAAUAUUUUGUAAAGACGAAUUAAUGGAAAGACUAACUGUAAGCACUAUCCGCAGACGAUCAAAGUCAAGAACUGAAAGUCGCACUCUCCCUUCUGUUGCCAAUGAUGCAUUAGGAGCAUCUGAGUUCCUUCCAAAGUCUGACACAGACUUCUCCCUCACUUACCUCCCAUGAUCUCCCUUCCCUGUUAGUGAUAGACUCUCACGGAGCACAUCCCUUCAUGAGUUGCCCUCAUGGCUAUUUUUAGACGACAUUUGGUUAAUGCCUUUUUAAGCUGAUGGCUCUCAGAGACCAACUCAUGCAAAUGAACGAAAGGGAAGUUUUUGCUUUUCUCUCAUUAAACAUCCUGGGCCUGCGUGCAAAUAGUUGAAUAACUUCGUUUCUAGUUACUUAUAUACAAUUCUUAAACAUCAUUCCUUUAGUAUUUUGGUCAACCAUGAGUAAUUAGGCCUUUUUUUUUUUUUUUUUUUUGGUCUGUUUCACAAGUAGCAGGUUUUAUAACAGCCAGAGAUGGUAUAGAGCCAUGGAAAGAUCUGUCCCAAGAUGCACUACUUCUUUGAGGAAGAGAUAAAGAAGUAUCUGGUUGGGGGGAUGAGCGGUACAGAUUUUUGUUUCUGUGUACAGGGCAAAGAACACCAUAAGGAAAGACAAUUAAUGACUUUGAACUCAACCAACUGAACUGCCUUUCUUAGAGGCUACACCUGGACCAAGUUUAUUUUUUAGCAAUUCUAAUAAUGAUGACUUAAAAAACAGAAACCUCCCGGAGCUAUAUCCUACUUUAGAACCAAUGGUGACAUCAGCAUUGCUUGUGCCCAAGGUGUUUAGAGAGAGACUUUUCAGUGAUCUCUAUAACCACACAACUCUGGGUUCUAUGCAUGCCCAGACUAAGCCCCAUCGCCUUAUUUCUGGGGUACAUCCAGACCUGGCAGGGAUUCUGCCACACUGUGCAGCAAACCAGCAUAGAGGCUGGGAUGGUAGAGCAAGAGAUAGAGCCAUCAGCAGUGAUGGGGCUUUUCACAGUAAGAACAUCAGAGCUCGGACUGAGGGUCUCUUUCCAAAAACAAGCAUUGUUCAUCUUACACUAAAUACCACUGUCUGCCUGGCUGCAGUCACAGGAACAAACACAAAAAUUAUGCAUCUACCUAUAAAGUCUUGAGGCUGCCUUUGACAAUGGAAGGGCUGGCAAUGUAUUUUCCCUCUGACGAAAGUUAAAUUUCUGGACAGUUCCUUAGAUUGCCCAGAAUGAGAAAGAUGUGUCCACGGCUGCCAUUCGCCAGUUUCAGGUCGAGGUCUACUUUCAUCAAUAUUGCUCCUGGAAGUCUUCUGCCACCAGAAUGCCAUUCCUGAUCCCAGCUCUAUUUUUAGGCCACCAUGAUAACUUCUUUGGUUUCUCAACUGAGCAUGCAACCCUUUAUUUAAAGGACUGUCAUUAAUGAGUAGAUGUUUCCGCGGGUCGUGUGAUGUGCUUUCCAUUUACUAUUAAGUAUCGCUGUGGCUGAGUACAAUCAAAUUGAACCACCAACCCUUGGUUUUGUAGUAAUAUAAUUAUUUAUUUUCCUAGUGUAGAUGCUUUCAGAUUCGAAUUGGCAUUUGCACUGAUUUUUUUAUGUAGAUUUAUAUAAAUAUAUAUAUAUAUGUAUACAUAUAUAUUUGCUUGAAGAAUCACCAAGCAAAUUGGUGAGAGGGUCUUUUCCUAUAGAAUUUACACCUCCAUUUGUUAUGUUGUCCUGCGCUUCCCAAUGUUGAGGUCUCUAUGGCUCCAAAGAACCGGUGUAUUUUGCAGCAAAUCUGAUGACUGGUAUGGAAAUGGCACGAAAGUUACCUAGAUUACAUCUGAUGCAAAUGCACUUGGAGCCUGGGGCCAGACUGGUGCUAACAUUGCAAACUUUGUCCGGAGCUCUCUCCAAUCUGAAGGCUUGCUGGGGGCACAAUGUCACCUUCAUAUGCUGGGCCCUUUCGGAAAAGUGCCAGAUCGUGUCACUGGUGCUAUUUUUCAUGCUCUGGUACAAUGUGUAGCACCACGGGGGUCUCAGCUUUACCAAAAUCAAAAUCCCAUUUGUCAGCUAAUUGCAGGGGCAUUUGUUUUUUGCUCUCCUCCCGCAGGAUUUGUUGGCCACUUCUUUGCAGGCCUUUUCUCUCAGCAUCAAGUUUUUGGGUGGGCUCUAUCUGUUUAGUGAGCCCACCUUUACAAAGCCGCACUCAGGUGCCUGUGAGCUGUCUUAGAUCCUACUGCCAGCCCUUCGGGACUCCAAGCCAGGGAAAAGCUCUCCACAACUCUGGCUCUCGCCUCUGGUUCUUUCACAGUCCUUUCAUCUGCUUUCCCCUUUCUCUUUUUAUCUCAUUCCAUCAGUCUUUGGGGUACCUCUCCUUUUAUCCUUCCUUUCUAUCUUCUCUGAGCUGUUCAUUUUCUCCUGUAAUCCUUCUGUAUUCCCUCCCUUUCAUUCCCCAUCUCUUUGUCCAUCUCUCCUUUAUUCUCACUCUCGCUUUCCCCUUCUUAUUCCUCUUUCCUCUCCUUACCUGUUCUUUUUCUUUCCCUCACAUCUCCGAUCACCUCCCAUACCCUGCCUCUCAAUUUUUAUGUCCUAUAAGGGCUCAUGGCUGAUUCAGACAGCAAGUCCAUAGACUGGACUCAUGACACAAAUACUUUGGGUCACCAUUUCACCUACGCAGCCCAGAAAGCAAAGCUGAGCGUGAGGUCCUGAACUGGAGCACCGCUCACUGAGCCAGCCUGCACCGCUGCCUUGGCAGUGACGCUGCAUGUGCUCUGGGCCCUGCCGGCACCUGGGUGACUGCCUGCCUGAAGGCUGGUCCAAAGCGAGCCCACUCCCAGCACCAUCCUGUGGCUCCGAGGACACUCCCUUUCAAAAGGGCAGACUCUGGCCCCCACAACUAUUCUGACAGCAAACCUCUUCCUUCUCAUUGAAGCCAUGCCAUCGCCUUGACUUGGAGAGAGACAUUUUUUUCCCAUUCAUAAGCUUUCCUCCACCCCCCACCCCCAUUUUUAUGUGAAGCCCCUCUGCUUUUCAGCUGGUGAUUGCUCUGGUGAGAUUGGAUGGACUCGCUGGUGAGAUAACAUUCCUUUUCCUGUCUUGGUCCUGCCUAAUAAAUUCCUACAAAAAUAUUUAAGUCAAGGAGUCAGGCUAGCUCCUAAGUUCACAGUAAUUUGUCACUCCUAGGGGGAAAAAGGGGGCAUUUCCCUUAAAGUAUGUGGAGUACUUCCUGUGACAACUGAUUUGGCCGAGGGCUCCCUGGAGAAUUCUGUGGCUAUAUACAUUUUACUUAUGUGUAUGUAUGGUAUAUGUGGUAUGUAUAUCAUGUAUACACAUACUACAUUUGUGAAUGGAUGUGAAUGGAAACCCCCCUAUACACCCUCCAGUCUGUAAAUAUCCUUCCUCACUGAAAACUGUGCUUUGGAAAUCAUACCUUGUACAGCUGUGCAGUUUCUUGUAGCAGCUGAGGACAAGCUAAGAUAGGUGGAUGAUUUGGACAAAGAUCAUCUGAAAGGUAAAAUUCAGAAUUUCCCUAGCAACUCAUGAGGACAGACAACAAAAUGGCAAGGUGGACUGCCCUUAGGAUGGCAAAUUUUUCUUCUCUCCUUUUUGAAUUUGUGUUUCCUGUGUCUUAACUUCUGAGUGCACCAGGCUGUACCCGUUAGAGCCUUUCAAUAUGACGGUUUUGUGCUUCUCUCUGAUAGGAUGUUCCUCCAUUGAGCUGUAGUGCAGGAUGGGAGGGAGGGGGAAAUACUCCUUGCCUGGGCUGGAGUUUACAGAGACACUGCACAGCUUACACUCCUGUUAAGUGUAAAUAUUCGACACUUCCAUUCCAUUUGUGUAAAAAAUAAAGCACACACGAUUAUAAA